AUAAUUAAACCCAGUAAGCAUACAGUCAGUUCUAUAACACAGACCUAACAAUACCAAAAUGAGUUUUAAAAACAAAGUAGUGUUGAUCACUGGCGGGAGUUCUGGUAUCGGAGCUGCAACUGCAGAGCUGUUUGCUAAAGAAGGAGCUGACGUCGCUAUAGUAGCAAGAAACGAAGUGAAACUGAAGAAUACAGCUGCGAAGUGUGAGAAACUUGGAGCUAAAGUACUCAUCAUCAAAGCAGACGUCGCGGUCGACAGUGAUUUGAAAACAAUUGUCAAGAAAACUGUCGAAAGAUUCAAUAAACUCGACGUACUUGUCAACAACGCUGGUAUACUGACUGAAGCUACUGUCGCAGACGAGAAUCUUAUAGAAGUCUUUGACAGAACAAUUAACACAAACCUUCGCUCCACUGUCUACUUAACAAACUUGGCUGUUCCGUACCUGAUCAAGACUAAAGGUAACGUGAUCAACAUAUCCAGCAUUCUGGGAACUUCGACUCUCGGGAAUCCUAAAUAUUUAUCGUACUGUGUCUCCAAGGCUGGUAUGGAUCACUUCACUCGAUCUGCCGCAUUACAACUGACUUCAUCAGGUGUGAGGGUUAAUACUGUCAGUCCAGGAGCCACUAGGACCGACGUGUUAUCAAACGCCGGAAUCCAAGCAGAUUGGGACGAAACUGCUAAAAAUAUUAGGGCGGGAAGAAUAUCAGAACCCGAAGAAAUCGGAGACCUAAUUGUAUUCCUGGCAAGUGACAAGGCCAGAAGUAUAACUGGAUCUAACUACUACAUCGACAAUGGUGCUCUACUGAAGAAUUAAGCAAACGAUGCUUAAAUGCAUUGGUUCAAUGUACUUGACAUUACUUAAAAUAGUUUUAAAAUGUAAUUACGUGUUAUCCUUCAAAUGUUUUUUUUGUAAUAAAUAUCAUAUAUUGGAAAA